AUGUCGACGUACUCUCUGAAGCGUCAUGCGGGACCAAAGAAAGGGAAAGGCAGUGUUUAUGUUUGGCUGAUGGCGGUUCUAUUGCAGAUCUGCAAAGAAACCAAGUUCUCCCAAGCUUCCAGAGGUCACCAGUCUGUUGACAACCCCCUGAGAAUCAACAUGAAGCAGUUCCUGUCCAUUGCCGUCCUGGCCGUCGUAGCUUGCGCUACCUUCGCCGAGGAGGCUAAGGUGGAGGCACGCGGUGGUGUCCUGGGAGCCGGUCUCGGUGCCGGAGGACUCGGUUAUGGAGGCGGACUCGGUGCCGGAGGACUCGGUUACGGAGCCGGGCUCGGUGCCGGAGGGCUCGGUUACGGAGCCGGUCUUGGUGCCGGAGGACUCGGCUACGGCGCUGGUCUCGGCGGUGUGGGUCUCGGUCACGGAGUCGGUCUCGGCGGCGUUGGUCUUGGUCAUGGAUUCGGAUCUGCCUACGGUCAAUCCGCCGGAGCCAACCAGGCUGGAUUCAAGAAGGGAGCUGCUGGACACGCCCAGGGGUCUGGAGCCUUCGCUGGUGGAAGCGCCGCCAAGAACGUGCAGUCCUACAACCACCAGUCUGGCUACAACUCCAACACCGGCUUCUCUGCCAGCGAUGCCAAGAACUUCGGAGCCGGUCAACAGCAGGGAUCUUCCGGAUUCAGCGGUGGAGCAGCCGCCGGACAGGCUGGCUACGGACAGAGUGGUUUUGGAAAGGUCGCUGCCGGAGGAGUCGGAGUUGGCGGACUUGGCUAUGGCAUCCACUAA